AAUCCUCUUCCACUUUUCUACGGGCCAUCCGUACUUCUACUUGAAGUCUCUCCAACACCUUUUAACGAACCCACAAAUGAAGGGUUCAAGCCUGUCCUUACAACGUUCGACCUUAAAUUCCCUGUCGUUGAAGGACAAGUUGAGGAGUUCCGAUCAAAAUAUGAUGAUAAGAGUGAUGCUUACAUUGCAGGAUAUGCUUUCUUUUACGCUAAUUAUUCAUGUUUCAAUGACAAGCCUGGAUUUUAUUUUGAGAGUCUUUACUUCAGAGAGAGUUAUAGAAAGUUGGGAAUGGGGAAAUUGUUGUUUGGAACAGUUUCGUCCAUUGCUGCCAACAAUGGGUUCGUAUCGGUGGAUGGAAUAAUCGCAGUUUGGAAUAAGAAGUCAUAUGAUUUUUACAUAAAUAUGGGAGUUGAAGUUUUUGAUGAGUUUAGGUAUGGAAAAUUGCAUGGAGAAAAUCUUCAAAAGUAUGCUGAUAACAAGGACAAAAAUGACCAAGGAAGCUGUUAGCUAUUGUGUGCUUUCUUUUAAAUGUUGAAAGUUCAAUUCAUACAUUUCUAUUUGUAAUUUUGUAAAAGCAGAAUGCUCAUUACAUUUGUAUUUUUAAAUUUUAA